UUAUUAUAGUAAAAAACUCUCAUUUAAUUGACGCUACAAAAUUAGGAAACUAACGUUUUAAUUCUUGUUGCACACCAAACCGUUACUUCCCAUUUCCAAUCCCACGUAAAUUAGGAAAACUCGCUCUGUUAUUUAUAUAUAUACACAGCCCCUUUUCAUUCCAUUCCACAAGUUAUACUCCAUAUUAACAAAAGUUCUCUGUUUUACUGUUGUUUAUCAAUGGCUGAAGUGUACGGAGUUUCUUUCUACAGUGAUCAAAUAGAAGUUACUGUAACGAAGAAUGCAAUUGUUGUUAAUGACUGGAUUUUGCAUACUUAUCAUACUCAUAGGCGAAGACUGCACAAACUCCUUAUUGGUCUUGAUAUCGAGUGGCUCCCUUAUUUCAAUCCAAAAGACAAACAACCAGUUGCUCUUCUCCAACUUUGUGUAGGCCGACGUUGCCUUCUUUUUCAACUCCUACACAAAGAUUCCAUGCCCGGAGACCUCGCACAAUUUCUGAGUAACCCAAAUUUCACAUUCGUUGGUGUCGGGGUUGAGGGAGAUGCUGAGAAGUUGAUGUGUGAUCACGGGCUUUUUGUGGCGAAUACUGUGGAUUUGAACCGACUUGCAUUGUUGCAUUAUGGAGAAUAUGUGUAUGGAAAGAUGGGGUUGAAGAGAAUGGCAAAAGCAGUACUUGGGAAAGUAAUGGAAAAGCCAGAGAAGGUUACUUUGAGUAAGUGGGAUGCUGAGAAUUUGAGCUAUGAACAAGUUGAAUAUGGUGCUAUUGAUGCUUUUGUGUCGUUUGAGAUUGGAAAGAAACUGUUUAAUCAAAUGGCAGAGAGAGAGAAGGAAUUGAAUUGCCAUUAUCAGCGAUUCAAUUGCCAUUGCCAUUAUCAACCACUGAAUUGCCACUAUCCGCCUCGGCAACUGCUACAAGAGACACAAGGGAUGUUUCAAAAUCUUGCUCUGUUUUGA